GCCCAGCCGAGCCGAGCCGUGCCGGGGGAGGAGCAGCAGCAGACGGAAGUGCAAACAAGAGCCGGGGGACGGAGCCGCCGCCCGGCAGACGCCGCGGGUGUCCUCGCCGCUCCGCGCCCUGCACCGGGUGGUGAGCGAGAGGCGAAGGGGCGAGGAGGAAGAGGAGCGGAGAGCCGGCAGGUUGGGCGGCAUUGAUUCUUUCACUUGGAUCCUUGAACGCUGAACAUCAUGAGCAACUACACCGUGUCUCUUGUCGGCCCGGCUCCUUGGGGUUUCAGGCUCCAAGGUGGCAAGGACUUCAACAUGCCCCUGUCCAUCUCUCGGCUUAGUGACGGUGGAAAGGCAGCCCGAGCACACGUGGGGAUUGGCGACGUGGUUCUCACCAUUGAUGGGAUAAGUACUGACGGGAUGACUCAUCUAGAAGCACAAAACAAGAUCAAGGCAUGUACGGGCAAUCUGAACAUGACUCUGCAAAGAGUUGCUUCUGUACCAAAACCCGAUCUUAUUCAUGUACCAAAGGAAGAACCUAAAGAAGUAGUUAAGCCUGUGCCCAUUGCCUCUGCUGCUGCACCCAAAUUCACUGCCACAGCCAGCGUGGCUUACAAUAAGACCCCGAGGCCCUUCGGAGCUGUGACCUCCUCAAAAGUCACCUCCAUCCCAUCACCAUCCUCCGCCUUCACCCCAGCCCAGGCGGCGGCCGUGCCCCCCGCCCCGGCCCCGUUUGCUGCACCAGGACUGCAUGUUAACGCCAAGCCUAACGCUGACGGGUGGCCACCCGCGCCGAGCACUGCUAAACCUGCCGUUAAUGUCCCACGGCAGCCCGCCAUGCACAAUGCCGCCCCGGGCGGCCAUGUCGGCGACGGUGCCCAGGAGGUGGCGGAGGGGCCGCGACGAGGAUUCAGAGAGAACCAGGGUGACAGUAAACAGCAAAAUGGGAAAAUCCCACCCAAACGCCCCCCGCGAAAGCACAUUGUGGAUACCUAUACGGAGUUUUACCACACCCCUACUCACAGCGAUGCCAGCAAGAAGCGACUGAUUGAAGACACUGAAGACUGGCAUCCCAGGACAGGCACCACCCAGUCACGCUCCUUCCGCAUCCUUGCCCAAAUCACCGGCACUGAUCACAUGAAAGAACCAGAACAUGAAGCUGCAAAGAAGACUAAUGACACCACGGAAGCUACCCAACCUGCUGCUUAUGUGGCCACUUCGGCAAGGAGCAUGCCUGCCAGCUAUGAAAGCCCGGACACUAGACCCUAUCCCAACAACACCACGUCUGCUGCAGCCCUCAAGCCAACGGGGCCCACAAGCACUGCCAAGUACUCGGGCUGGCAGCCUGCAAACCAAACAGCUCCUGCCAGUGGAUGGACAUCAAACAAUAUUAAACCGUCUGGAACAAAUGCCCCGAGUCAAAAGUUUGCGACACCACCUCAGCUAACGGAGCAAGACACAUUGGUUCAGAGGGCAGAGCAUAUUCCAGCCGGAAAGCGUACUCCAAUGUGUGCACAGUGUAAUCAAGUCAUUAGAGGACCCUUCUUGGUGGCCUUGGGGAAGUCGUGGCACCCAGAAGAGUUUAACUGUGCUCACUGCAAAGCCUCCAUGGCUUACAUUGGAUUUGUGGAAGAGAAAGGGGCUUUGUAUUGUGAGGUCUGCUAUGAGAAGUUCUUCGCCCCGGAGUGUUCAAAGUGUCAGAGAAAGAUCCUUGGAGAAGUAAUAAAUGCUUUGAAACAAACUUGGCACGUUUCCUGCUUCGUGUGUGUGGCCUGUCAUAACCCCAUCCGCAAUAAUGUCUUCCACUUAGAAGAUGGUGAUCCCUACUGUGAGACGGAUUACUAUGCCCUCUUUGGUACUAUGUGCCAUGGCUGCGAAUUCCCCAUUGAAGCUGGAGAUAGGUUUCUUGAAGCCCUGGGCCACACUUGGCAUGACACCUGUUUUGUAUGCUCGGUAUGCAGUGACAGUUUGGAGGGUCAGACUUUCUUCUCCAAGAAGGACAAGCCACUGUGCAAGAAACACGCUCACUCUAUCAACAUCUGAUGCUUGGAGCUCAUCUUGUUUAGCAAAUGUACUGAGCAGAAAGAAAGGUUAAAAUGUCCAUGUUUGAUUAUUGGUUCAAGUUAUUUAUAUGUGCUUUUCUAAAAACGGAAGAGAAAUGUGGAAAUUUUAGGGAUUUUGUAUACUAUUCCUUAGAGCGUUUAUCAGUUAGAGGUUUGCUUCAUAAAAAGCUGGGAACCAGGAAUUACACCCAAGUGAAACUAUUAAGAGUGCCUUUACUUCGCUACUUGGCAUGUUACUGUAUUGGUUUCAUGAUUUUAUGACCACAUUUAUAUAUGCUUCAAUAUGAGAAGUGAAGCUUCUCUAAAAAUGAGUACCUGAUUUUAAAUUGUUGGUUUUGCUGCUAUUCAACAAAUAAAAGGAGAUUGGCUUCAGCGGUCCAGAUCACUUCAUUGUGCUGAUGUUUUUUAAAGUGUGUCUGGAAGUACUGAAGCUAAACUCCAUUAAAGAGGAGCUCAAAGCAAUGACAAGAUUAGGUGGAAUGGACUUCAACAACUAAUAUUUUCAUCUGAUGCUCAGCCUCAUUAAGCCUCCUGCACCAUUACACAUACCUGUGCCUUUGGCAGUUAGAUCUCUGAUAGGUCUGCAGAGGACAGGGAUUUUUACAAAGCCAUCAAGUGUAAGUGGCUGCGCUAGUGAACAAGGAUGGUUUAGAGAUGCCACUUGGAAGAAAACAUAGAGGGGAUACUGUUCCUUAAACCACGGCAUGUGCUACCAGAAUCCUAGCCAAAAUAAAGCAAUAGUGAGAGUGUGCUUGACAAGACAAAAAUGUCAGAUCAACUCUGAAGUAUAAGGGAGUGUGCACUAUACCCUUAUGUUCACAGUUCAAGUUUUAGAUAGUUUUCAGUGCCUUGGAAAGGGGAAAAUGCAUUGAAUCUGCAUGAAACAGUGUUUCCAGAAUAUCCAGAAUGUGAGACUUCGGUGUUUAAUAAGGAAAACUUCUGAAGUGCAACUGAGGACAUUGUUUUUCUCUCAGUACAUUCUUUAUGAUGUAGCUCAUGAAUAUGUAUAUUGGUGGUUUGCCAGGUAGCAUACUGAAAACUUAUUUUCUUGCUCAGCUGUUAUGAUUUUUAUUAGUUUAGUGUUUUUUCUCUCUUUUCCACCAGCUGUAAGGAAUAUAUUGUUAAAUAAUAUAAUACUGAGUUAGGCAGUCCAGUAUCUCUCAGUUCUUGCAAGGGAACAGAGACGAUGCUGUCAUUAUGCAUUUACUGCGAUCCAGGAGAUGUUGCCAAUCCUGUGGCUUGGUAAGAAUUUUGCCACAGUGUCAGCACAAGACCCAUGCACCAGCAAAGUCCCACUUACCUUCAGAUUAGGGUUUAAGUGGCAUGGAGCAAUAGUAGGCAUAUAGGGAAAGGGUGAUAACGCUCUGCACAGGGUGAAUUUUACUCCAGCAGAGCUGCACAACAGAGAAGGAGGCCCUCUCGGGGCCAGACUAGAUUCCUGAUGCAAGCUGAAUUUACAUGCUAUUAAGUUCAAGUGAGAUGUCAGAGCUGAAUUGCUAUGCUUCAGUGCUCUUUCCAAUAGGCUUUAGAAGUGCACUGGGUGGUUGUUUGUUUUGUUUUGUUUGUUUGUUUAAUUAUUGAUAAAAGUGAGAGGUUUAUCCAUAAAAUCAUGGCGACAAUUACAAAAAAAUUACUAUGGUAGAGUAAAGCAAUUGUAACAAGAAACGUCAACUGCAGAGGGGAAGGAAAAAAAAACACUCCAAAAUUGCUGUACGGAAAUACAGAAAGAUAUUAUUAAUUCAGUAAGACAGAUUCAUGUGAUGGGCUGUUUCACUUUAUUUCCUGAAGUUGUUUUUCUUCAAUACUACAACAUUUCUUUUUAAACUUCUGGUGGUAUGGAAGAAAUGUCAUAAAGCUGUUUAAAAUGUUUACACUCGUAUAUAUACACCCUUCUGUGACUGUGGCUGAAAAUCAGGAGGAUAAAAGCCGACUAGACAAGAUACAGCAGUAUGAGCCAGCUUGCUUUUGAAAUUAGUGGAAUGUGGAGAAAUGAGUCCUAAAGAGUAGGUGUCAGUAGAGCUGUAUUGCACAUGCAUGAGGAAAGAGGAUGGGAGUGCACACGAUAAGGUAAUUUCUGUAAUUCAGACCUUGCUAUUUUGAAGUAGGAUAGAAGCUCUUCAGUGGACACAAUGUUUGCCAGUGUCCAUAAAAACAUUUGUUUAGUUUUGUAAUUUUUUUAUGGAUUUAUGUGUCUUUUGACGUAUGUUCUAGGUUUGAAAUUUCACAGUUGUAAAUGAAUUUGAGCAUAAACACCUGAAAGGUUCCAGUAGUACUGCUUCACUUAGCUGCUUUGCCUUUUAGUUUCUGCUUUGUCUAUUUGUUUAAAAUUGAAAAAAGGAAGCAUAGAGUCACUGAUACGUACUGAAAAUUUAAUGGGUCUCUCAAAUUAUAUAAAUCAACUAAAAUGAAAAGGAACAUAAUGUUUAUCAUUAUUUUAAUAAGUGAGAUUUUAGUAGAGCACUUUAUAAUAAUGCCAUAUAUCUCACUGAAUAUUUAUUACUUUUUUGUUGUUUAGGACUAUUUCUUACUGGUAUCUUUGUAUUUUGAUUUAUUUGUAAGCCUGCCUAUUUACCUCUAGAAUUUUUUGGUGUGUCAGUGUGUGUAUUUAUAUAUACUUAUCUAUGUAUGCACAUGCACGUGUGUACAGCGAGACGUACAUAUAUAUGCACAUAUACCUGUGUAUGUUUGAUUGCAGACUUGACAGAGCAAAAAUCAGCACUGUUCCAUUGUCAUUUAGGAAUAAGUUUUCCAACUAUUUUUCAUAAAACAAAUCUACAGCAUUCAUGUUUUGAAGGAAAGUUAAAAAGCCAGGAGACCCCUGUUAAUGACCUAACUACAGUAGGUUUUUGCAUGCAUUUUCAGUCAGUAAUUAAUUUUCUUCCCAAACUGUGCCUGUUAAAAGAAUUGGGUUUAACUCUGAAGGUAGAAGGUCUUUAUUAGUGAAUAAUCGAAUCAUGAUGACACUUUCAGUAUAUUGUAACUAAAUAAUUCAGAAAUAUGUGUAAAUAUAAUAAAUGCUUAAUAUAACAAUGCAAUAAAAAUAAAAGCAAAACUUGA